ACGCGGCCCGACUCGCUUCCGCCAUAUUGGAUGCCGCAGCCGCCGCCGCCAGCGCUUCCUCCUCCGUCGUCGCCGUGCGCUGCCGGUUCCUGCGGCCCUAGCGGCGGGGAGGUGAAGCCGGAGCCCGUCGGAGGAAGAGGAGGAAGGGGGUGGAGAGUGUAGGGAACGGGACUCCCGGGGGGAAGACCGAGGCGGAGCAGGGCGGAGAAGAGAGGCGCCGCGGCCCAGCCCCUCCCCCGCCGCCGACCCGCCCAGGCAGCGUUGUGUCCCCUGAUCGGCGCUCCGCCCGCCCGGCGGCCAUGCCCGCGCCGCGCGGCCCUUGAGGGCGCCCUCCCCGGCCAGUGCUCGCCCUUCCCCUCCGGGCCCGGGGUCGCCGCGGCCCGGCCCUCGCCAGCGCCCCUGCUCGCGGCGCCGCCGCCUCCGUCUCGCCCGCCCCACGCAGUGCAGUGGCCGCCGCCUCUUCCGCCGCCGGGCUCCGGGCCUCCGCGCCGACAACAUGGAGGCUGUGAAAACCUUCAACAGCGAGGAUUGUGCCUCUACUCCUGCUUGUACAGACUGCUUUUCCAGCAGCAUGGACACAAGAAGCAUACUGUAUUCCCUGAAUGACUACAAGCCACCAAUUUCGAAAGCGAAAAUGACCCAAAUCACUAAAGCAGCCAUCAAAGCUAUUAAGUUCUAUAAACAUGUGGUACAGAGUGUUGAGAAAUUCAUUCAGAAAUGUAAACCAGAAUACAAGGUACCUGGACUUUAUGUUAUUGACUCCAUUGUACGACAAUCUCGACAUCAGUUUGGUCAAGAAAAGGAUGUGUUUGCACCCAGAUUUAGUAAUAACAUCAUUAGCACUUUCCAGAAUUUAUAUCGUUGCCCUGGGGAUGACAAGAGUAAAAUAGUGAGAGUAUUGAAUUUAUGGCAGAAGAACAAUGUAUUUAAGAGUGAGAUUAUUCAGCCUCUUUUGGAUAUGGCAGCAGGAAUUCCUCCUCCAGUCGUCACACCUGUCCUGGCCAGUACUACUGCUGCUAUGAGCAAUACCCCAGGAACUCCUGUGACACCUGUUACUCCAGCCAAUGUGGUCCAAGGUUUACCUGAUCCAUGGGUAUCCCAGAUAGCAAAUACAGAUACACUUACAGCUGUAGCUCAGAUCUUACAAAGUCCUCAAGGCCAGCAGUUUCAGCAGUUAAUACAAACUUUACAGAUACAACAGCAGAAGCCCCAGCCUUCCAUUCUGCAGGCCCUGGAUGCUGGUCUUGUUGUUCAGUUGCAGGCUCUGACCGCACAGCUUACAGCUGCAGCUGCAGCAGCCAAUACGCUCAAUCCCUUAGAACAGGGAGUGUCUUUUAACAAGAAGUUGAUGGAUAGGUUUGAUUUUGGAGAAGAUUCUGAGCAUAGUGAAGAACCGAAAAAAGAAAUUCCAACUUCUCAACUGAAAGAUUUGCUCCACUAUCAUUUGAGACAUAGCCCUUCAAUUUUUGAAAAUAGUUCACACGUUUCAGAAUCAGUGAACAAUUCCAUUUUUCAUCAGAUAGCAGAGCAACUACAGCAACAAAACCUAGAACAUCUCAGGCAGCAACUCCUGGAACAGCAACAGCCUCAAAAGGCAACCCCUCAGGAUAGUCAAGAAGGAACAUUUGGAUCAGAGCAUUCCGCCUCACCCUCACAAGGGAGCAGUCAACAGCAUUUCCUUGAACCUGAAGCAAAUUUGGAUGAUUCCAUAGAUAUUCAGCAACAGGACAUGGAUAUAGAUGAAGGGCAAGAUGGAGCGGAAGAGGAGAUCUUUGAACAAGAAGCAAAGAAAGUGGCUGUUCGCUCGAGAUCAAGAACACAUUCACGCUCUCGUUCAAGGUCACCAAGAAAACGAAGGUCUAGGUCACGGUCUGGAUCUCGAAAGCGUAAGCACAGAAAGCGAUCACGCUCGCGCUCAAGAGAAAGAAAGAGGAAAUCAUCACGUUCGUACUCCAGUGAAAGAAGAGCUAGAGAAAGGGAGAAGGAACGACAGAAGAAGGGGUUACCUCCAAUUCGGUCUAAAACAUUAAGUGUGUGCAGCACUACCCUCUGGGUUGGUCAGGUGGAUAAGAAGGCAACACAGCAGGAUUUAACCAACCUGUUUGAAGAGUUUGGACAAAUUGAAUCCAUUAAUAUGAUUCCUCCCAGGGGCUGUGCGUAUGUCUGCAUGGUUCAUCGACAAGAUGCGUUUCGGGCUCUUCAGAAGCUUAGUUCUGGAUCAUAUAAAAUUGGGUCCAAGGUCAUUAAGAUUGCUUGGGCUUUAAACAAAGGUGUAAAAACAGAAUACAAGCAAUUCUGGGAUGUGGACCUUGGAGUAACAUACAUACCAUGGGAAAAAGUUAAAGUGGACGACUUGGAAGGUUUUGCAGAAGGAGGCAUGAUUGACCAGGAAACUGUAAAUACUGAAUGGGAAACUGUGAAAAGCUCAGAACCUGUUAAAGAGACGGUCCAGACAACUCAGAGCCCACCUCCUGUUGAAAAGGAAACAGUGGUCACAACCCAGGCAGAGGUUUUUCCUCCACCCGUUGCUGUGUUACAGAUUCCAGUAGCACCAGCUGUGCCUACAGUUAGUUUAGUCCCACCAGCAUUUCCUGUGUCAAUGCCGGUUCCUCCUCCUGGAUUCAGUCCAAUACCUCCACCUCCUUUUCUACGAGCAAGUUUUAACCCUUCACAACCACCUCCUGGUUUUAUGCCACCUCCAGUUCCACCACCUGUUGUACCACCGCCUACUAUUCCACCAGUAGUACCAACAUCUUUGGUGCAGCCGCCAUUAUCCAUGACUCCAGAAACUGUGAAAGAGGUUGGAUUUGGUAGCCUUGUUUUACCAGGUGGUUCUGUUGCCAGCAGUCUUGCUCCUUCCACUUUGCCAGCUGGAACUGUUUUUAAUCCUCCCCCUAAACAAGCAGAGCCUGAAGAAAAAGUACCUCAUCUUAUAGAUCACCAGAUCUCUUCUGGUGAAAACACCAGAUCAGUGAUUCCAAAUGAUAUUCCAAGUGGCUCUGCAGUUUUAGGAGGACAGCCGCCAAAUGUGACAAACAAUUCUGGAAUUCUUGGAGUUCAGAGACCAAAUGCACCAAGUAAUUCUGAAAUGCUUGGAGUCCGGCCAUCUAACGUCUCCAGUGGUUCUGGGAUUAUUGGAGCCCAGCCACCAAAUAUUCUAAAUAACUCUGGAAUUUUGGGAAUACAACCAUCCGGUGUUUCGAGUAAUUCUGGACUUAUGGGAGUACUACCCCCCAGUCUCCCUAACAAUUCUGGACUUAUAGGAGUACAGCCACCCAAUGUUCUAAAUACAUCUGGACCUUUGGGAACACAGCCACCCGGUGGGCCUCAAAAUUUACCCCCUUUACAUCUCUCUAAUCAAAGGAUGCCUGUAAUGCCAAUGUUAGACCUCCGUCCAGGACUAAUGCCGCAGGCACCUGGACCAAGAUUCCCUUUGCUACAGCCUGGAAUUCCACCCCAGCGAGGACUCCCUCCCCCAUCGAUGCUUGAUUCAGCUCUUCAUCCACCUCCCCGUGGUCCUUUUCCUCCAGGAGAUAUUUUUAGUCAGCCAGAAAGACCUUUUCUAAUUCCUGGAAGGCAAAGUAUAGACAAUAUUGCUAAUCCAGAAAAAAGGAUACCGCUUGGAAAUGAUAACAUUCAACAGGAAGGCGAUAGAGAUUACAGGUUUCCUCCUAUAGAAACCAGGGAAAGCAUGAGUAGACCUCCCCCAGUGGAUGUUAGGGAUGUGAUUGGGCGGCCUGUAGAUCCCAGAGAUGGUCCUGGAAGGCCUCCAUUAGAUGGCAGGGAUCAUUUUGUAAGACCUCCUGUAGAUAUUAGAGAGAAUCUUGUGAGGCCGGGCAUGGAUCAUCUUGGUCGAAGAGACCACUUUGGCUUUACUCCUGAGAAGCCAUGGGGGCAUAGAGAUUUUGAUGAGAGAGAGCAUCGGGUUCUACCUGUCUUUGCUGGUCCAAAAGGCUUACAUGAAGAAAGAGGGAGAUUUCGGUCUGGAAGCUAUCGAUUUGAUCCCAGAAGUGGUCCUUGGAACAGAGGAUUUCAAGAAGUUCACAGAGAUUUUGAUGACCGCAGAAGACACUGGGAGAGGCAGAGGGAUAGGGAUGACAGAGAUUUUGAUUUCUGCAGAGAAAUGAAUGGAAAUCGUCUUGGACGAGAUAGAAUUCAAAACACCUGGGUCCCCCCUCCUCAUGCUCGGGUUUUUGAUUUCUUUGAAGGGGCCACUUCUCAACGAAAAGGUGAUAACGUGCCUCAGGUUAAUGGUGAAAAUGCUGAGAGACAUGCUCAACCACCACCUUUACCAGUACAGAAUGAACCUGAACUUUAUGAAAAACUGACAUCUUCAAAUGAAAUAAACAAGGAGAAGAGUGACACAGUUGCUGAUGUAGAAAGUGAACCAGUGGUAGAAAACACAGAAACUGAGGGGACAUAAUCAUCACUCAGUAGCAUCUUCAAAUCCUUCUCAUCGUAGCCUCCUUUUGACCCUCUGUUCCAGGCAAGAACUACCCAAUGGAUUUGUCUGUUGAAAGCAGCUUGCCUGCCCCUUGGCUUGAUGAUUUCUGAGUUCAUUUCCAGCAUUUAAAUUCCUUGCGUCUAUGAAAUAAGGUUUCUCUUCUGUAAAAGACCAGGUGAAGAAGCAGGAGGAACAAAGGGAAAGACUAACAAGAUUGAGGUGCUUGUUAUAAGGGCACAGGUUUUGCUGCCUUUGGGUUUUCAAAACUGGCUUUUUAACAUUUGCCAGAUGUAUGUCUUUGAACAAAAUUACUGCGCCUCUAAGUGCAUUCCUUAAUAGCUAAUCUGUAGGGCAUGCUUUUUUAUUGAUAUUAGUUAAUAUUUAAUGGACAUGUAUUAUGUGACAGGAACUAGAAUAAUUUUAUUACCUGCAUAAUAUAAUCCUCACAGCAGUCCUGUGAGGUAGUUAGAAAGAAGUCACAAGUGACUUCCCAAGGUCUUAUAACUUGUAAAUAUUUGAGCAAAGAAUGAAACACAGGUCUAUUAAAUUAAAGAUUAGUCUGCACCACCUAAUAAAGUGUCAGACACACAUCACAGAGGCUCACCAGAGGUUCCUCUUCACUUUAGGACAGGCAAAUUGAGGCAGAAAACCAUAAAGAGGAACAGCCCCACCAGGCUUGUCCUUCUAGGGUAGGGCUGCAGUUAAACACUGAACUUGCUGUUCUCAUGGUUACAAGUAUACGUACAUGGGGCUGUCUUCUUUUGCUGUAAGCAAUCACUGCAGCUUUAUUUUCUUAGAUUUUAUGUUCAGGAUUUGUUUUUUCUUACGGUUAUACCAUGGCAUAAUGUUAACUUUCUUAAUAAUUUGCUGUUUAAAAAAAAUUUCUUUUUUUGAGAGAGAGAAACAUCAGUUUGUUGUUCCACUUAUUUAUGCAUUCAUUGGUUGCUUCUUGUAUGUGCCCUGACCGGGAAUCCAAACUGCAACCUUGGUGUGCUGGGAUGACACUCCAACCAACUGAGCUACUUGGCCAGGGCAUUACUUGCUAUUUUGGAAGCAGGUUUCUGAUGCAUUGGUAUUCAAUAAGAUUUCUUUUGAAAACACCUUUUCCCACAAGUUAAAUAAGAUUUUAAAACCUCUUGUACUUUAAAACGAUUUGAUACAUUCAAAGCAAAGCCAGUGAUUGCUAGCCAGUUUACAUUUUAGAUGUAGCUUUGGCAUCUCCUUUCCGAAAUUUGGCAUUUAUAUACUAUAUGUGUAGCCAACACCUUUUUUCUUGUGUAUAAAACGCCUAUAUUAAGAAUAUUCCAUGACUUGAAUUAAAUGAGAUGUAAAGUUAUACAUAGUAAACAUUCAGUGUUAGUCUUUAGUCACCACUUGGUGAAUUCAGAGAGUUUAGAGACUAGCCUCUGUCUGUGGUGUCAGUAGUUAAUUUGCAGUUAUUUUACUUUAUUAGAAUAUAUAACCCGAUUCUAGGUUUUCUUUCUUUCCAAGUCUUCUAUUAAAUCCACUGAACUUAGAUUUAUGUAAAGUUUAAUCUACAGCAUGUCAUGGUGUUGGCCUUGGAUCACCUUUUUCAGAGUCUUUGGGCAGAUGACUCUUAGGCCAUUACUGCCUAAUGCACACAUACAUCAAGGGAACAUGCUUAUCAUACUUGUGAGUUAUAUUUCUCUUUCUACUAAUCUUACCAAAAGUAGUUAUUAUUUUGCGUAUAUUGUGAUUAUUACAUGAAAUAAAAUGUUCUUGCAUUUGAACAAUCUUUUUUAA